UGCCUUUUCAUUUUUUUAUAAAAUAAAAAUUAUAACCAUAUAUUUCGAUAUAUUAAUUGAAAAUAAUCUUAAUGCAACAAGUAACUAUCGAAUUAUUGUAUGUUCAAGAUCUUUUUUUUUUCUUUUCUAAAUUAAUUAACUACAAAUAUAAUUUCAUUUUACGAUUUGAUAUUUUUAAUACCAAAUGAAAAUCGGUUAUUACAUAUGACCGUGCGUAUAUUAAUUACUUAUAAAACAGUUAAUGAAUACAUGAUAAAAACUAGAUAUACCGUUUUUCUACACUCAUGCUAUUGAUUCGUGGUGUAUAAGCAAUACAUUUUUGAGGCUUCACUACCCCUCUUGAGAGAGUUCAUGUUGAAUAUACUCUAUCCCCUACCCUAUCUACAUCGUACAGGUGUAAGGAAAAAAAAAAGAGGAAAAGAGAAAAGAAAUAGCAGAGUUGUGGAGUCGCUGUGGUACCCACACGAACUUCUCAACCUGUAGUGAUUCAAUUACCAUUAGCCUAUUCUUCACUCAGUCUACCAUCAGUCUCAUUUAUUCAGUGUUUUAAUUAAUUAAACGACGGAAGCCAAAUAUUGCAAUGGAUUUAAAGGAAGAAGACGAAAGUGCGAACGAAAAUGGUAGACAAUUAUUUUUAGUGGGUGCACCGCGUGAUCCUCUAGUGUCCACUGGAGCGAUCGUUGCUUCUGCUGGAGCACCAGACGAGAUCAACUCUGCAGGAGAUCUACAGUCGACUGCUCUAGCUGGUCUGAUAGGCGCUCAAUCUUCCUCAGUUUGCUUUCCUACAAAAUUCUCGUAUGAUUUUUCAUCAAGUCCAGGAAGUGAAGAUAGGCAAUCAACUGGAGUCGGUAAAAGAAAACAGCGCAGAUAUCGUACCACGUUCACGAACUUUCAAUUGGAAGAAUUGGAAAGAGCAUUUCAAAAAACGCAUUAUCCUGAUGUAUUUUUUAGAGAAGAACUUGCUCUCCGUAUUCAAUUGACAGAAGCCAGAGUACAGGUAUGGUUUCAAAAUAGAAGAGCAAAAUGGCGAAAACAAGAGAAACAAUGUAAAGUAACCACUCACUUGACUUCGCAUUUGCCACCUUCUGAAUGCCAAGAAGUACAACAGCAGCAACAGCAGCAACAAUCAGAUCAUUUGUUAUUGGAACCACCAUUAGGUAGCCCACCACCCAUAUAUCUUGGCAUGGAAUGGGCAGGAUUUUCACCAUAUAGUAACACAGCUACUGCAUCAUCUCUUGUGGUUAAUAGUAUGAAUAAGCCAUUAGAAUCAGAGGCAGAUGAUAAUCCUUUGCUGGAUCCAGAAUUGUUGCAACUAAAAACUCCACGUUCCUAAUAGUACCAACCCAAAUCUAUGCUGUAGUGUAACUCAUUAAUAAUAUUCCUUAUAUUAUAUAAUAUUUUUAAAGAGCAAAGUGUCUGAUGCAAACAAUUCUUUGCAAUGUCACUUGAAUCUCACCAUGUAUCGUGCAAUAUAUGGCCAUCAAAAGUAUUAUAUACAUUAUGACCAGUUUUAUAACUGGUAUUUUAUAAUUUAAAAAAAUAAGGGACCAAAAACUUAUCAUCAUUAUUAAAUAACGAGAUAAAAAUUAGAAUUCAAACAUACUUAAAAUAUUGUUAUAUAGAUUUUGUAAAAAUAUAUCGAUUUGUUUCUUCAUAUGGAUUCAAUGAAUCUCGAGUAGUUAUAAUAAUAUAAUGUUAUAAUAAAAUCAGAAAUUAAAUUUUUACUCUUGGGAAACUAAUGAAACUGUCCCAGCAUAAAAUAGUAACAUCAUCUUUAUUCCGUGCACAUAUAUUACAAGUCAUUGAAUCAACUAAGUUAUUAAUCGGUCAAUUUAGGAGCAAGAAAGCAAUUCAGGAUGCUUUCUUUGAUCUUUCAAACGAGAGAUUUGAUUUAUUACUGAUAAAAGUAUUGUUUUUUCCGAUUAUAGAAAUGUAUUUAAUCAGAUAAAAUUUUGAGUAUUUAAUCAUCUUAUUAAAACAUUACCAAAAGUAUGAUAUUAUGAAUGAUCACAAAGCACCCUGAAUAAAAUAAAUUAAUGAUUGUGUCAGGUGGUACGAUAAAAUCAUGCGACGUACGAAUACUCAUCUGCAUUAUUUGGCGUACGUUCAAUAUAUUGUUUAUCUAUAAGAGCUUCGAUGCAUUUUUUGAUCAUGCUGAUUGAUGGUGCAAAUGUAACCUUAGAUUGACUUAGUACCUGGAAAAACAUUAUUACAUUCAAUUGAAUUGUUUAACUUAAUUCGCACGUAUUGAUGUUAAAAUAAAAUCUCACUUCUUGUACAA